AUGGUCUGCGGGUGCGUAUGGACGAAAAACAUUAAGAUUUUGGCCGCACGCACCCGCGUCUGGAGCACAAUUGUAACCGCCACCUCGUCGACUGGCCGGGAGACGCAGGAUCACCAUUUCCACAUAGGUCGAGGGCGGCGCGCCGGGCGCCCCCGACACGAUGCAGCCCAAGAUGUCCAAGGUCCGCUCCGAGGCCGUCCACGGCACCGAGGUCGCCGAGAAGAAGGCCUCGGCGAUGAACAUGUGCGGCUCGCUCUCGCACGUCAUGGCCGACUCGAUCCGCUCGCUGACGGCUGUCUGCGUCGGCAUCGCCGCGUCGGGCUGGAAGCGAAAGGUCAACGGCGCGCGCGCGGACGCCAUCGGCGCGCUCCCGUGUGGAAAUCAACCAACACGCUAUCGAGCAGGCGUCGCGUCGAUGGCGCGGAGGACGACGCGAACGCGCCAUAAAAUUUUGAUUUCCGCACAGGCGCGCUCAUCUGCGCCGCGACGAUCCUCGUCGUCAUGAUCGUCAUCUGCCGCCAGUGGGUCAAGGCGCUCCAGGUCUACCUCAACUACGACCAGUACGAGGACACCUACCUCGAGCGGCCCUCGACCAAGCCCCAGGGCAUCGCGCACGUCAUCUCGUCGGCGACGUCGUUCACGAAGAAGGGCGAGACGAUCUACUAG